AUGGAUGCCACGAACGAGAACUCUGAGAACUCCGUCCUAGGACAAGGAGCUGCCGACGGAUUGCCCAACGAUGGCACGGGCAUUAUCAAGCUGGAUCCCUGGCUCUCUCCCUUCAAGGAGGAGCUCAAGAAACGAUACAGCAAAGCACAAGACUGGAUCCAGAAGAUUGACGAGACCGAGGGCGGCCUGGAGAAGUUCAGCAGAGGCUUCGAGAAGUUUGGAAUAAAUGUGGACAGUCAGAAUAACAUCACCUAUAGAGAAUGGGCGCCUAAUGCAACGCAAGCAUUCUUUAUUGGUGAAUUCAACGAUUGGAGCAGAGAGUCACAUCCUAUGAAGAAGGACUCAUUUGGUGUAUUCGAAGUUGUUGUACCUGCGGUAAAUGGAGAGCCUGCCAUCAAGCACAACUCCAAGGUCAAGAUCUCCUUGAUCCUACCGUCCGGCGAACGAAUCGAACGCAUACCUGCCUGGAUCACAUACGUUACCCAAGACCUCCACAUCUCCCCAGUCUACGAUGCCCGAUUCUGGAACCCCCCCAAGGCCGAACGAUAUGUCUUCAAGCACCCCAGACCCAAGAAGCCAGAGAGCGCGAGAGUAUAUGAAGCACAUAUCGGAAUCUCGUCUCCAGAGUUGAGAGUGUCCACAUACAAGGAGUUCACGCAGAAUAUGCUACCGAGAAUACAACACUUGGGAUACAAUGUCAUUCAAUUGAUGGCUAUCAUGGAACACGCAUACUAUGCCAGUUUUGGUUACCAGAUCAACAGUUUCUUCGCUGCAAGCAGUCGAUACGGUUCGCCCGAGGAGUUGAAGGAGCUCAUUGAUACUGCACAUGGAAUGGGAAUCGUUGUUCUUCUGGAUGUGGUUCACAGCCAUGCUUCCAAGAACGUUCUUGACGGGCUGAACGAGUUCGAUGGUACGGACAGCUGCUAUUUCCAUGGUGGACCAAAGGGAAAGCACGAGUUGUGGGACAGCAGGCUGUUCAACUAUGGGAGUCAUGAAGUCCUGAGAUUCUUGCUAAGUAACUUACGGUUCUGGAUGGAUGAGUACAUGUUUGAUGGUUUCCGAUUUGAUGGUGUUACAAGCAUGCUUUAUACUCAUCACGGCAUUGGAACGGGAUUUUCUGGUGGCUACCACGAGUAUUUCGGUCCUGGUGUUGACGAUGAGGCUGUUGCAUAUCUCAUGAUUGCAAACGAGCUACUGCACAACCUAUACCCAGAGACGAUCACAAUUGCUGAGGAUGUCUCUGGAAUGCCAGCUUUGUGCGUCAAUCUGUCACUUGGAGGAAUUGGAUUCGAUUACAGGUUAGCUAUGGCUAUUCCUGAUAUGUGGAUCAAAAUCCUCAAAGAAGUAAAGGAUGACAACUGGGAUAUGGCGAACAUCUGCUUCACUUUGACAAAUCGAAGACAUGGCGAGAAGACAAUCGCUUAUUGCGAGAGUCACGACCAAGCAUUGGUUGGAGAUAAAUCCAUCAUGAUGCAUCUAUGCGAUGCUGAAAUGUACACCAACAUGUCAACUCUCACACCCUUCACACCGAUCAUCGAGCGAGGAAUGGCUCUUCACAAGAUGAUCCGACUCAUCACACACGCCCUCGGAGGAGAAGGAUACCUCAACUUCGAAGGCAACGAGUUCGGCCAUCCCGAGUGGCUCGACUUCCCUCGUGCCGGAAACGACAACUCUUUCUGGUACGCGAGACGCCAAUUCAAUCUCACACAAGACGAUCUCCUCCGCUACAAGUUCCUUAAUGAGUUCGAUUCCGGCAUGCAGCACGCCGAACAGAAAUACGGCUGGUUGCACUCACCACAGGCGUAUAUCAGCUUAAAGAAUGAGGCUGAUAAGGUCAUUGUGUUUGAGCGUGCCGGCUUGGUUUGGGUGUUCAACUUCCAUCCUACUAAGAGCUACCCUGAUUACCGAAUUGGUAUCGAGCAAGAGGGAACGUACCGUGUGGUGCUCAACACUGAUACGAAGGCGUAUGGUGGGUUUGAGAGAAUUGAUUCGGGAACGAGAUUCUUUACUACGCCGUUCAGGUGGAAUGAGAGGAAGAAUUUCACUCAGGUUUAUAUCCCUACACGGGCUGCUAUUGUUCUUGCUCUUGAAUCAACUCUUUGA